AUGGCCAAUCCACUCUGGCGAUUCUCCUUGAAAUCAAGGCGAACCAUCUUCUCCUUCACCAAGAAGUCUCUCUGGCAGUUACCGCCCAACUCGGGGCCUCCUAUUCCUCAGCAGGAACUGGUGGACGAGGAGAUUUGUCCUGACUACAAUUCGGCGACCUUCUACCCAGCAAAGGUAGGGGAAACACUGGCAGAGAGAUUCCAACUUCUGGUCAAAAUCGGAUGGGGAUCACAGUCAACCGUGUGGCUCGCCCGAGACAUCUCGAGACUCAAAUGGCAAUCUGAAGAAUUUGUGGCCCUGAAGAUUAUCAACAGUGAUAAUGCCGACGACGCUCGGCAUGAGAGGGAAAUUGAGAGCCAUAUCACACAGCUGAAUCCAGCGCAUCGUGGCCGUACAAUUUUACGAACAAGCCUGGAUGACUUCGAGGUAACAGGUCCGAAAGCAAAGCACAUGUGUCUGGUAUAUGAACCGAUGAGAGAGCCUUUCUGGAUUUUCCAGAGGCGUUUCGUUGAUCGCAGGCUUCCUUUGCCCAUUGCCAAGGCCUAUAUCUACUUCUUCCUAGUUGGCCUCGAUUAUCUUCACUCAGAGCGCAAAGUUGUUCACACAGACCUGAAGCUCGGGAAUAUCCUUAUGAGCUUUGAAAACGAGAAAGUUCUAACAACCUUCAUUGAACGAAAACAACCGAUGCAAUUCAAAGUUGACGGUGAUAGCGGCCGGACUGUCUACCGCUGCCAUAAUGACUUUGGCGCUCUUGACGCGAGAGAAUUCAAGAAUAUGAUUCCCAAAAUAGCUGAUUUCGGGCUUGCAACAAGACUCGAUACGCUGUCUACUCUGAAUGGAAUGGCAGGAGAGCAACUGGGCAUUUAUCCUAUCCAGCCAGACUAUUAUCGUGCUCCGGAGGUAAUCCUUGGCUGCGGUUGGGAUUUCAAGGCAGAUAUUUGGAACUUUGGCGUGCUGUUGUGGAAUAUUCUUGGGAGCAAAGAGUUGUUUCAGCAGGUCUGCGAUGGAAACGGUAUAUACGACGCCAAGUCACACCUCGCAGAAAUGAUUGCUCUACUGGGCCCGCCUCCCAGGGAACUGCUCGCGAGAUCAAAGGCAAUGUCAGAGCACAACUGGCCUCAGCCAGUCAUGAACGAAACCGGCAAACUAUGCCGGAAUGCCCAAGAAUUCUUCGAUGGCCCUUUCUUUGACACAGAAGAUGAACUCCUCUAUAAGGAAUUGAUCCCGUCCAGAAGCUUAGAGGAUACAACCCCGUUCCUCGAAGACAAAGAUAAAGAAGCAUUCUUAUCCUUUGUUCGAGAGAUGCUCAAUUGGCUCCCGGAGAAGAGGAAGACAGCUCGCGAACUGAUGGAUCAUCCGUUCCUCAAACUCAGGGAUUGA